AUGAGCUUAGACAUACAUGUCAGUGUUAUUUCAGCAUCUGAAUGUCCAAGAUUUUAUUGCUUGUCGCCGAAGAGGAAAAGGGAAAACACAGAAACAAGUAAAACAAGGAAGCUGGCUUUGAUUUAUGUUAUUCGCAAAAAGGGCCUUUCCCAUUCGCGGGUGCCACUCACAGGCGCUCCAAGUCCAGCAGGGCGGGGUGGUGCCCGUUUUCAGAAGGACUCGCAGUGCGCCAGGGACACUGUGUUGGAAGCUCUGGAUCAGGCUAGGACUAAGAAUGGCUGCUCUGAAGCAUGCCCUUUGAUGGCUUGGGAACAGCCAGACCAAGGCCAUCAUUCAGUCACCCUAUCUGGAGGAAAGUCGGAGGCAGUUGACACAGGAGGGGCAGGUAGUUAUCUGACUGAGAGGAAGAGAAACUUCAAGCCAAGAGUCGCCCAGAAUUUGCAGCCAGUCCUCCUGGAAACCAUGCGUUGUCCUGAGAACCAUGGAAAUGGCUUCUCAGACCUGAACAUUGAGGACUCCUGGUGUAAAGUUCUAGACUCCAACCUUGGUUCUUGUUCAGAGACCCCCCAGGAGGACGUACAGAGGCAGACCAAGGACCACGGAAGGCGAGUCCAGAGCCCUGGUCCUGCCUCACAAAUUGUUAAGGCUUCAUUCCAGGUUUUUCUGGAGGAGAAACAACUGACCACACUUCCAGAGGAAGUCAGGGGUCAGUCGUCAGGCUCACUUCUGUUUGUCCCCGAAAGGUGUAAAACUUUGAAGGAAAUGGAUUUAAUUAGAACCUCUGAGUCAGACUGUUACUGCUACAAUCAAAAUUCCCAGAUGGAUUGGAGGUAUACAUGGUCAACUAUGCAGGUGAAAAUUACCAGUCCAGGUCUGCUCAGUAUUGUAUAUAUCACUGAAAGACAUAAUUGCCAGUAUCCAGAAACCAUGCUAUCUUAUAUCAAAUGCGUGAUUCAUAACUUUUGGACACCAAAGGAGUCUAAUGAAAUAACCAUCGUCAUCAAUCCACAUGGGGACACUAUGUGCUUCUCUGUAGAGCCCAUCGGGAAGAUACUUACUUACACCAUAAGUGUGAAGCGAAACCUCAUGGAUUUCAAACUCUUCCUUGUGUUUGUGGCAGGCGUCUUCCUUUUCUUUUAUGCAGAGACCUUGAGUCAAAGCCCUAUUUUCUAUUACUCUUCGGGGACCAUGCUAGGUGUUCUAAUGACAUUAGUCUUUGUCCUGCUGUUGGUGAAAAGGCACAUUCCAAAGUAUAGCACCUUUGGGGCUCUAAUGAUUGGUUGUUGGUUUGCUUCAGUUUAUGUUGUUUGCCAGUUGAUGGAAGAUCUGAAGUGCCUUUGGUGUGAGAACAGAAUAUAUGUAUUAGGCUAUGUCUUGAUAGUUGGAUUUUUCAGCUUUGCUGUGUGUUACAAACACGGGCCCCUUGAGGACGACAGGAGCAGGCGUCUCCUGACAUGGACGCUGCGGCUGCUCUCCCUGGUCCUAGUCUAUGCUGGUGUGGCUGUGCCUCAGCUUGCCCUUGCAGCCGUGAUCCUCCUCCCAUCCUCCCGGAGUCUACGUUACGUGCUGAAAGCACUUAGUUAUCUGAGGUGGGACAAGCGGAAAAUGAAGCCAUGGUUGACCUCAGAGAAGCUGGUGGUCAAGCAUCUCUCAGAAGACGAGUACAGGGAGCAAGCCGACGCCGAGACGUCCCGUGCGCUGGAGGGGUUGCGCUGUGCCUGCCGCAGGCCCGACUUCCCAUCCUGGCUGGCCGUGUCCAGGCUCCAGACCCCUGGAAAAUUUGCAGACUUUGUUCUUGGAGGAAGCCACUUGUCGCCGGAAGAGAUCCGUCUGCAUGAAGAGCAGUAUGGCCUUGGGGGCACCUUCUUGGAGGAGCAGCUCUUCAACCCGCGGGCUGCCGGGCACUCCUCUGCGGGUUGACUCCAUCCAGGACAAGAAGUGGACAAAGGACGGGGGUCCUACGAACAGCGGGCAGGACUGUCCUGAUGAACAGCAGCAAAAGCUGUGGGGAAAAUCGUUCAUUCUGGAAAGGAAAACUAACCUGUACUGAAGAUAACUUACUCUCAGUGGGUUCUGCUGCUCGUUGUGCAGGAGAUGCGUGCGAGAUCCUGUGACAGUCCUGGCCACUUUCCAUGAAUGAAGACUUCGAUUAGGAAGAAGGGACGCAUGCUGUUCUUCACGGGCCAGUAAGCAUGAGCCGGCACCUGGUCAAUACCUGGGCCUGAAAUCCCUUGUGCCUGUGUUGGGAGACUGUAUUACUCUUCCUGUAUUUCAUCCACGGAAAUGCUAGAAGAUACCCGAGAGAUGCAGAGCUAGUGUUUUCUAAAGUAUAGGUCCCAGGAUACUAAUAAGUGCCAGUCAGUAAAGGUAUCCUGAGGUCAACUAAUGUAUUUUCAGGACUUCUCAGAGCUUUUACUGAUGCUAAUGUACAUUGUCAAACAAAUGCACUUUCCGGACUUCUCAGAGCCUUUACUGAUGCUAAUGUACCACUGUGAAUCUCCUAGAAGGGAGAAUUUGACCACAGAGCCCUUUUUCAUGAGAUUAGCCUUCCUUGGAACACAUGUUUGGAAGAUGCUAAUGGUGGUAGAAUUGAGGUUUGAGGAAGUUAAAUAACCACAAAGCUGUGCGGAGGCAGCACUGAUAGAACUUGAGCCCUGGAGUGUCUUGUGACCCAGGUAGAAGAGAACUUUAGGUGUGAACCAAGGAGCCAUCGGUCUCACAAUAUUGGGGACUUCAUGUUUUAUUUCUUUUUAAUGGCCAACUGGCUAUUUAGUAGCUGUGAUAAAGAGAAACAUUUCCGGAGAUUAUAUUUUAACAUUUUGAUAAGGUUUUUAUAUGCAUACAUAAGGAUUAAAAAUUAGAAUCACUUUCUAUAACUUUUUUGUACUUUGAAGUUGAAUGCAUUAGAUUCUUGUGACAUUUUGAGUUAAAUGUUCCAUUUUUAAAAAUUGUUUAGCUAUAUAUGUUUGUAACAAUUUUCCACAAAACAAAUCUGUGAUUUUUUAACAGAGCAAAUCUUUUCUUGAUACAUGAUAUUAAACUACAGAGUGAAAUGAGGGACUUACUAUAAAUUUUGACCCUGAGUCAAGGGGGCCGAAACACAGAUCUGAGAAAAGAGAGGGGCAUGGUAAAACAAUCUUAAGGGCUAAGAUGUCGCUAAAUUGGUUUUUUAUUUUUAUUUUGAGAUUCAAACUCAGGCUUUUAUGCUGUGAUAGAAUCAUAAAGAAGAAGGAAUACCCUCUUCCCAGGAGAAUGGUUACAGGGCAGGACACGUGGAGAACUUGGACACUGUCACUCUCCUAAGCCAAGUUUAGUCAUUUUUCUAAGUGGUGAGGUAAGAGCAUGGCUGCUACCCAUGUGGAACUUUCUAGGUUGUCUUUCAAAUGCCAUUUCCUCUUUGAAGCAGUAUCUUAGUGUUUACAGGUCUGUUUUUGCCAGACAUCUCUUGAUAUUGGGAGCUUUGCUUUUUUUAUAAAAUCCACUCAGUUCAAUCUGUGCCUUAAUAUAGACUGAUUUUUUUUAAAAAAAUCUUCCAUUCAGAUUUAUGGUAACCAUUUUACAAGUGUAAACAGAAGUUCUAACAUUUUGUUACGGUCUAAUCUGAUUUUCAUGUUUUUAUAAUGAUAUUUAUUGGUGAUGUAUUUCAAAUGCAUCAGCUGUAUCAAUGCUUGUGCUCACCAAAUUCAUCUCCCAGGAGGCGGUUUAUGUAGCAGAGUGUGUGUGUGCAUAGCACAGGAACAGACCACUGGAGCUGCCAGAGACAUCCCAGCCAGGAUAGCCACUGGGCUUCACCUGAGCUGGGGUGAGGAGAUGCUGCCCAGGGAAGGAGGCAGCUCUUGCGGACCCACUAGCUGGGUGUCACCAUCACAGUAAAGACAGCUAGAGUGAGAAAAAUAAUAGCUUCCAGGAUAUUGCUUUUCAUGUUUAUUUUUAGAGGAAAUCAUGGGUUUGUCAGUUUCUGUUAUGUGAGUACUGUGGGAAGCUAAACAAUUAAAAGCAUUACUUGUGACAUUU